AUGGCCUUUGCGCGAAGGGUCCCGAGGCUCGGGGCCUUGGCCUUGGCAGUUCUGACGUCUCCUUUGGCCUUGGCGGCCUUGGCAUUCCUCCGGCUCCCCUACGAGCACCCUUUGGGCUCCGGCGCCAGGGCGCGGCUGAGGAUCCCCCCCUUGAGAGCCCUUCAAGGUGACCUCGGAAAUCUGCGAAAGCGCGAAUUGAUCGAGAUGUUGACGAGCCACAACGUAGACGCCGCAGGCCUCACAAAGCCGGAGCUACUGCAGCGUCUCCUGGACCUUGACGGCGCUUCCACUACUGUUAAACCUUCUAUGUCCCAGCGUCAAGUCGCAGAAAUCGCCAUGGACGAUUGGCAAAAUGCCACGACCGUGGGAUUCGAUUGCAAGUCAGGGAGGCAUACUGCAGAUGGGGUGGAGUUUGACAUCAUCGGGCCGACUGGCAUGGUAGAGCACACGACCCGAUUCUCCACUUCCUGGCCUCCUACAUGCACCUGCCCGGAUGCGAGACAGUGGGGCAGUCAGUUGCGGUGCAAGCAUGUGUGCAUGAUCCUGGUGAAAUGUGGAGUCCCUUAUGCAGCAGUUGCUGAUGACGACUGGAAGCCAGGCGAAAUGGAAAUUCAGAGUAUCGUCCACCACAUGAAAGGGCAAUGGUCGCCCAUCCCACUGCAGGCCCUGACCUAUGGAUCCGUGCAUCAAGAUGAUGCAGCAAGAGACUUUGCCGAAGGGCUGCUGGGUUCGAUCUGGUCACUCCGCUAUGCUAAGAAGCUGCCGCAGAGCUUCCUGCUGUUUGCCCAGACGGCUCUGCAGCAGCUUGCAGGGCGCUCCUCUGCGGCACCCUGUGUCAUGCCUACGGGCAGGUUUGCCGCCCACUUGGAUACGGGCUCCGAAGCCGUCCCGAAGCAGUUGCAGGAGAUGCCCGGGGCCUUCGUGAUUCACAAACCCGCAGGCUGGUGCGUGGACCAGGGCGAAGAAAGCCUGGUUGAGGCGGACGAAGAUGAGAAGAUGAACUACUUGUCCAGCUUUGUGUCAACGUUGAUGCCGACUCGGCGCUGCACUAUCCUCAGUGACAAGCUUUAUUGGCGAGGCUUUUUGCAUCGACUUGAUGUGCCAACCUCAGGCCUGAUACUGGCGGCGACCACCCACGACGUUUUCUACGACUUGCGACUGCAACUGGCCUGCGGCAGCUUUGUGCGAGACUACCAGGUCCUUUGCCAUGGAUGGCUUCGUGGCCGCAACCAUGUGCAAGCUGCGAUACACUGGGUGAGCGAUGGUCGAACGACCAGCAGCACGAUCAGCCGGUUUGGUCGUCCGUCCUUUACGUGGAUGCGGCUGUCGGCAUCUUUCCUGGUAACGUCGCAGGUCCUGAGCCUGUUUCUCAUGCGCAUCGCCACCGGGCGGAAGCAUCAAAUACGGGUGCACUCUGCCCAUGUUGGCCAUGCUGUCGUUUGUGACGGCAGAUACUCCACGACUAGCACCUACCACGCUGAUCUGAAAUGGUGUCCUCGCAACUUUUUGCAUCGUUCCCGUCUGUGUUUUACGAUCAACCAUCGGACCAUCGAUAUUGAGCAAAGGCUCCCCGCGGAUUUGACGGGUGCACUUCGUCUCUGCAUCCAGAGAGAGAGCAAGCUUGCCGAGCUCAGCCGGCCUUACGACAAAGCUGCGGAGGUUUUGGGCAAGAUUGCCCAAAUCAGGGCUGAACGGCAGCAACGCGAUAAGGACUUUGCGAUCCUCCAGGACAUCAUCGGCCCGACACCACCACCUCCGCCUGAGCCUUCGCGCAGGAUGACGUUGGUGCUGCGCAAGAUUCCUGUCAUCAGCUUGAAGUACCAGCGUACGCGAAUCGGGUCGCUGUGCUACUUCGCCAGCAUCGGGGACGCACCCAGCGUGAAGUACUUGCUUGAGCAGGCCAGGCGAGGUGGCGACGACUUUUUUGUCAACAGUGUGGACGAUGAAGUGUGCAGGCGCACUGCACUACAUUACUGCGCCAUCGAGGGCAACGUGGAGGUGGCCGAGGCCCUGCUCCAAGCCGGGGCAGACGUCUUCCUCCGUGACAGGGAGGAUCGCACUCCGCUGCACCUGGCGGCAGCGAUGGGUCAGGUGGGCGUUGCCAGGCAGCUGCUCGGAACUUGUCUGUCAAGGAUCCGCGAGGCAAUGUUACAGCGAUUUCGCUCAGAGAGACUCGAGCCAGCAGAUCCAUGGGAGGAUCCGUCGAUGGCCGACCAGCGCGCCGCGAAGCGUGUCAUGGCGGAGUACCUCCAAGUGCUGGAGGAGACACGGCGGCACCUCUGCUUGUCCGAGGACCGGCAUCAGUUCACGUGCCUCCACUACGCCGUGCGAGACGCCUAUGCUGGCUGCUUUCAGAUACUCAAGCUUGUCCUCGGCAGCUUCUUUGAGUUUCCACGGGGACGGGAGACUGACUCCAUCAUGAUGACGAACAAGCUCUUCGAGAUUCAGCCAGGGCCCGGGCUCUUGAAGCUUCUUUCCGGAUUUCUCCUGGAAGAGGAGGUGGCCGAACUGUAA